AUGGCCGCCCAAAUGCUGCAGACUACCACGGAAACUAUCGGCGCUUUUUCUCGGUCGAUUCCGUGGGCAGACCUAACAAAGACAUUCAAAGAUGCAAUGCUCCUCACCAAACAUCUGGGCAUUCGCUACAUCUGGAUUGAUUGUCUGUGUAUCGUGCAAAAUGAUGCGCAGGACUGGGCUGUAGAGGCUUCUCGAAUGGCAUCAGUAUACGCGAAUGCUCAUCUGACUAUUUCCGCCAUGGGAGCUACCGAUGGGCAUCAGGGGCUUUUUAUAAACACUGGCAGUGAACCUAUACUUCGGCGCGGAGUUCAUGAGAUCAAGCUCCCUGGCUUGCAAUAUCCCAUCUACGUUCGCUCUGAUGCGACCUACGGAAGUUCGGCGGGGUUUGAUCCCCUCAAACCGACCAAGAUGCCUCUGCUACACCGGGGCUGGGCAUUCCAAGAAAGAAUCUUGUCUCCAUUGAUGUUACAUUUCACGGAGAGUGAGUUGAAUUUCGAAGACGAAAGAGGUAGGAGCUCCUGUGAAUGUAAGGAGUUCAACCACUCCAUCGAGGGUAUUUCUGGCCGCGAUUGGUUGUUCAGGACGGUAGAUUCAUCCUUGGGCUAUCAGUCAUGGUACAAGAUCGUGGGGUUGUAUGCGCCUCGCUUGCUGACCUCCGAGGCUGACCGGCUCCCUGCAUUGUCAGGCAUCGCUACUACUUUCCAGCGACGGUUGCCUGCGUCUGGGUCUUACCUCGCUGGGAUUUGGGAAGCGGACAUCCUAGGAGGGCUUCAUUGGUAUGUAUGUGGAACGGUUCAGCCCAGACUGCAGCCGACGUUAGCUCGAGGGACAUUGCUAUCGGCACCUCCGACGUGGUCCUGGGCUUCCGUCGGGAGUAGCAAUAUAGGAUGGCGUGGGUACGACGCCACGUCUUAUUCUUUGGUCGAGAUCAUAAGCUCGACUUGCUUCCCACUUACCUCAGAUGAUAAGGGCAUGGUCGCUGGUGGUCGCAUUGCCUUGCGUGGACGACUGUGCCUGGCCACUCUAGAUCUGAGUCCCCACUCAGUGUCGGGGAGAUGCUCCAUCUCGCUGGCUGACGAAAGCCUGAUCAACAAUGCGCCUCUGCAGCAAGAUGUUAGGCUUUGCUCCGAAGAGGCCCUCCCUGCGGUUUACUUUCUGCCACUAUCUAUACGUGAAAGUUACAGUGGCCUGUGGUGGGAUUUAUUUGGUCUCGUUCUCUGCCGAGAAACCAAAGAAACCACGGCGACCAACAGGGUCGAGCAUUCAUCGAAGGAUAUGGCUACCUUUUCGAGAGUAGGCUGUGCAUUCACGAGGGUUGAAAACAAGACACUGGUUCUGCUUACUGGACGUAAUCGUGACUAUCAACUAACUCCUAUGGACAAGCGUGAGGCUGCGGCCCGGUUUUCCGAAUGGCGCGACACAGUCUUCAACAGUUUUGGACAAGAAGAGGUCCUUGCAAUUGUCUGA